GUAGGCCUCAUUCUGUCCUUUCGCGAAGAACUGACACGGAGAUAACGUUCCUGACUCACCGCUGUUCGCUUGGAAUUUACGAAUAAGUCGGUCGGGAAUAUAUAAAAAAAAAAAUGGUAAGAUAACAUUUUAAUUCCUUAAACUAUACGCGAGCUAAACUCGUUACAUAUAGCUAACUAGCUAAGUGGAACGAUGGAAGAACAGUCCGGUAUUUCUUCUGAAUCCGAGCAAUUGCACACAUGUAGUAGGUAGCUAGCGAAGAUGGCUAACGUUAGCUAGCUAUUUUGGCCCAUAACUUUAGCUUGCUGUAGAUUCCUCAAUUAAUGGGCGGAGAUCUGAUAUUUUUGAAGUAGUUUUUGAAUGGUUUUGAUGUGACUGAGUGUAGUUUAAAUGAGACUGAAGUCUUGCUGAUGCCUGAUUGGCGUUGCCUAGCUGUGCUAACUUGGCUUAUUAGCCAACAACAAAUGUCCCACCCCCCCCAUAUGCAACACUCUUAACUUGACAUGAAGUCUUGGUUGGUUAACCUAAUUUGAAGCUGUACAAAUGUAGAUGGAUUGUUUAUUAACCUCUACCUCAAUUUCAUUGUUGUGAUGACUGGAGUAAAACAUGGCCAUUAACGUUACUAGUACGCCUAAAGGAAUUUACAUUUGUUUAGGUCAAUAAAAUCAAUAUGUGUAUAGGCUAGCAGUUACCUAAGUAACUCCAAUUUAAGUGACCAUUGGAGUAACAAGGUGUACCCCCCAAGAUGCUGAAAUCCUCAUUAAUCAUUCAGUUUAUUUCUGGCGCUUGGCUGUACCACAGUCAACACUGGCUACUAUGUAUGCGUUCAUUGAUUCUACACCAUUUGGCUAGAAGGUUAGAAACGUAUUACAAUCUGACUCAAAAGUUAUUCUGAGCACAUUGAUGGCACAUUCAAUCAGAUUCUUACCACACAUUCAGCGUCGUUGCCCUCUUGAAAUGCAGCAUUCUUUUCUUGCACGUGUAGGCAUUCAAGGACACUGGUAAAGCCCCUGUUGAGGCUGAGGUUGCCAUCCAUCGCAUCCGUAUCACCCUCACCAGCCGCAAUGUCAAGUCUCUAGAAAAGGGUAAGCUCACUUUACUAUGGCUUUCAGUCUUAAGUGAAAUAUUUGUUAUAUACUGCAUUAACUUUGCGUCAACAUCUUUGGCUAUGAGGAUAAAAACUUGAUAUGACAUAGCAAACGGUAUGACAUACUGAUUUAUCAUACGCUAUUCUGAGCCUUGUGUGCGCAUUGGAGCACACAUGUAGCUUAGUUGCUUUCGUUUGACAAGCAGUUGUUUUCCUUUGUGUCCUUAGUGUGCGCAGACCUCAUCCGUGGCGCUAAGGAGAAGAACCUCAAGGUGAAGGGACCAGUCCGUAUGCCCACCAAGGUAUGUACCAGAUAUAGAUGGUGGACUUCACUGUAUCCUUGACAGCCUGGGACCCACAUCUGUGGUCUACCCCAGGUCUCUAUAGAGGUGAUGCCAAAUCAAUGUCCCUGCGCUUUCUGCCCGCUCUGUGGCGGCUCGGAUUGAAUCGGGGAAGAUAUGACAAACUUGGUUUAGACAACAAAACUGUCAAUAUGUUUAAGGCUGCAGAAGAUGGUCCUCUGUAGCUCAGCUGGUAGAGCACGGCGCUUGUAACGCCAAGGUAGUGGGUUCGAUCCCCGGGACCACCCAUACACAAAAAAAUGUAUGCACGCACGACUGUAAGUCGCUUUGGAUAAAAGCGUCUGCUAAAUGGCUUAUUAUUAUUAUUAUUAUAUUAAGAUAGAAUGAGGGAAAUGGUCGUUUGUUUUCGACCAGAUGCAGGGCCAAAAAUUUAGUUUUUGGCCCACCAGCCAAUGGCAGGUAGAUGGAGAAAUCUAACAGCCACUCAAGAUUUUUACCAGGCAAAAUAUUUAAAUUAUAAUUGCAUCAAAAAAACUGAAUGCUUUAAUGUUUCUAAAACAACAAAUGUCUUAGUCAGAUGUGUUAUUGUUUCAUUUUGUGAUCUGAAUCUGUUAACCAAAAUAUCAAAUGAGACAGCUGCCCCUUUAAGGGUGAGGUUACCAUGGUAAUAGGGCCACUAAAGUCCUGUCACUUGUGAGAUUUGUGAUCUGACUAGGGCAUCUCUUCGCUAGCAGUUGAAGCAGACGCAAACUAACGUUAAACAUAAUUCUUGUCAACAAAACAAUGUAAAUUGCCAAGAAACACAAGGAAAAAGUUGCACGUUUGUGGACAUUCGCGUGAAUUGACGUUUAUGCCUGUGCGCAACGCCUCCAAAAAUGAAUCGAUCAGCACUUCACUCAGUGCACACAGCUCCCCUGCCAGGCAGUGUUGCUGCACGAGGUGGGAUAUAGUAUUUGUACGUCUUUGUGCGAUUAGCAGCUAUGAAACAAAACAGCAGUAUUACUAUUAUAACCGCUACUGCAGCAUUUUUCAGCUAUAAAUUGCAACUCAUGUGCUCAUUUUUACCUUUGACUAUUUGUAUUCAGGAAUGUAAUGCUCGCACUGUAGAGCCCUGCAACUUGACCACGUGGCUGGUGAAAUUGAUAUUCUUACCUGCAAUACCUAAAGCUACCCACAUUUGGCGGGUUAUAAUUUUCUGCCCUUAACAGAUGGCACGAAGCCCCAAGAGGUGUUGAGAAAAUGUGCCAAUGUGCUUGGUCAAAAGUUUUAAUCCCAUUGUGACUCUUCCGCUCACCAUUUGUGACAUCUUAUUUCAUAUUCUCAUCUCCUUUCAGACUCUGCGGAUCACCACCAGGAAGACCCCCUGUGGAGAGGGUUCCAAGACCUGGGAUCGCUUCCAGAUGCGGAUCCACAAGCGUCUGAUCGACCUGCACAGUCCCUCUGAGAUUGUCAAGCAGAUCACCUCCAUCAGUAUCGAGCCCGGUGUAGAGGUCGAGGUCACCAUCGCUGACGCAUAAGCUGUUUACAAUAAAAUAUGGAAA